CAGCACCUUGCUAAUAGCGCACACAUUAACUGCAGCGCAGAUCAGAGGAGGAGUGCAGUAAUGAGAGAGAGCCCGGCAUUUGCUCCUGCUCUGUGUGUGUGUGUGUGUGUGUGUGUGUGUGUGUGUGUGUGUGUGGAUGUAUGUGAGAGAACGUCUGUGUUGAGCAAAUGUGUGCAUGGUGCGUCUAGUGUGUGUUUGUGAGAGAGGCAGAGAGAGUGAGAGAGAGAGGGAGAGAGUGAGAGAGGGAGAGGGAGAGAGAGAGAGAGAGAGAGGGAGAGAGCGGACGUGUGUUAGUGGGAGCUGGGAGGAAGGAUGGCUGCUCAUGUUUGAACUGCCUCAGAUGCUCAAAGGGGGAGUCAAGGCAAAAAUUCAGCAGAGGCAGAGAAACAGACGUCUUGUUGGGGGACGCAUCUUGUUCAUCAUUUGUGGGGAAGCAGAAAAGAUUUGGCAAUGCCUGCUGAAGUGAAAGAGGAGCAAAGUUCAGAGGGUCCUCCUCCACUAUCUUUGCCCCAGGAGGCUAAAGAGGCCACUCUUGACAACCCAUCCACCAAUGACGAACUGGACACGCCCACCUCCAUCGCCUCUGUGAUGACCUCGACCAAUGAGAGCUCCACGGAAACCGACACCCCACAGCAGACAGACACUGAGGAGUCCAAGGCUGUCGAACACGAGGGUGAACAGGCCCUGAGUGAGACCCAAGAAUCCUCAGACACACAACUGGAGAACUUCCAGGCAUCAGAUGCACCUGCUCUCACAUCGACUCCAGUGGUUCCAGAUAACACUGCCAGGGAGCAACCUAUUGCUGAGGCAAACACUGAACCCUCUGAAUCUGUUGCACUGACCACAACGACCAGCAGUGCAACCACAGCACCCCCACAUCCCCAGGUGGUACUGCAGCCCGGGGAGCCACAGCCAGUGAAUCCAGACAGCCAGAGCAGAGUGUAUGCCUUGCCUGACAGCUACAGAGGCGUAGGGGGAGACUUAUGCGCUGCCGGGUAUGGAAGCCUGUCCCGAGCCACCCUCCACGGCUACUGGCCUGCCAAAAACUUCCAGCCUGGGGCUCACUACACCUUACCCUUCCUCAGGGACAGCUACGCUCCUGCAGGACUCAGCAGCCAGACAGAGGAAGAUGGCCUCAGCGAACGGGGAGAAAACCCUCUGGACAUGAAGACUGACCACCCAACUGCUGGUUAUGCGACACUGGGAGGGAUCCACCAGUUCAGGCCAAUUACCACUAUGGAGCUCCUCAGAGAGCCCUCGAGAACCAGAGGAGGCUAUGAUGAUGCCUUCAUGGCCCAGCUGGAGGGGAACCUGAAUCCCUUUUUCCAGGCCAUGUGCCGAGCGCAGACCCUGCAGUUCCCUCACAAACGCAGCAGCAUGGUCAGCCUGGACAGUAUCCGCAGAGACCCGCGUUGGAGAGACCCCAACCUGCAUGAGGUGAUCUCAAUGCUCAGCCACCCAAUGGACCCAGUCAAGUCCAACGCAGCUGCUUAUUUGCAGCACCUAUGUUAUGAGAACGAUCGCAUCAAGCAGGAAGUUCGUCAGCUGAAUGGGGUGCCGAUUCUGGUGGAAUUACUGGACCAUCCUAAAGCCGAAGUCCACCGCAAGGCCUGUGGUGCCUUGCGCAACAUAUCCUUUGGAAAAGACCACAAUAACAAAAUGGCCAUCAAGAACUGUGAUGGCAUACAAGCUUUAGUCAGACUGCUGAGGAAGUCCAGCAGCAUGGAGGUCAAAGAGUUAGUCACAGGCACUUUGUGGAACCUCUCUUCACAUGAGCCACUGAAGAUGAUGGUUAUCAACCAUGGGCUUCAAACGCUGACUGAUGAAAUCAUCAUCCCACACUCAGGCUGGAGGAGAGACUCGGCCGACCCCUCCAAACUGCAGUGUGCUGAGUGGACCACAGUCUUCAAAAAUACCUCGGGAUGUCUGAGGAACGUCAGCUCAGAUGGGGCAGAGGCUCGACAGAGGUUGAGGGAGUGUCAGGGGCUGGUGGACGCGCUUCUUCAUGCCCUUCAGUCAGCCGUUGUCAACAAGGAUACUGACAAUAAGUCGGUGGAGAACUGCGUCUGCAUUCUACGCAACCUGUCCUACCACGUUCAUAAAGAAAUACCGGGAGCCGAGCGAUUUCAGGAGCCCCAUGUCAAUCAUCUGAUGAGGUCAGUGGGGCACCCGAAGAAGAAGAAUGAGCCUGACUGUUUUGGCGGGAAAAGAUCCAAAGAGGAGUGGUUCAACCAAGGUUGGAAAAAUGGAUUUAUGGACAGGAAAUACGGUACAUUGGAUUUACCAAAACGUACAGAACAAAUGAAAGGGUUGGAGCUGCUGUACCAGCCAGAGGUGGUGAGGCUCUACCUCUCUCUUCUCACCUGCAGUCACAACCACAACACCUUGGAGGCAGCCGCGGGAGCUUUACAGAACCUUGCUGCGGGACACUGGGCUUGGUCCAGCUACAUCCGGGCCACAGUGAGAAAAGAGAAAGGCCUGCCUAUUCUGGUGGAGCUGCUGCGCUCAGAUGUGGACAAAGUGGUGCGAGCUGUGGCUAUUGCCCUACGCAACCUGGCCAUGGACAGAAGGAAUAAAGACCUAAUAGGGAAUUAUGCAUUGAGGGACCUUGUCAGUAAUCUGCCAUGUGGGCAACAGCACCCAGCGAAGAAUCUUGAGGGAGAUACGGUGGUGUCUAUCCUGAAUACUAUCCAUGAGAUCAUCACAGACAGCCCAGAGAACGCCAGAGCCCUCAUACAGGGUCAUGCUGUGCAGAAACUGGUGGCCAUCAACAAGUCCAGCCAAUCAGCACGGGAGACCAAGGCAGCUUCCCAUGUGCUCCAGACAAUAUGGACCUACAAGGACCUGAGAAAUAAUCUGAACAAGGCAGGAUGGAACAAGACCCACUUUAAGCCAACAACCACAGGAGUGACUAAGAAGACCAAGAGUGGAAAGCAAGGCAGCGAUGACAUCACCUUGCCCCUCAUGGACAAAAACCAAGAUGUAUAUGCCACCUUGGAGCCAAAUGAUAGAGUUGGAGAUGGAAAAGGGCCUGUUGUGGAAAGAGAUACUCUCCAGGCGAUAAGUGAAAGAAAACACUUCAUCAGAGCUGGCAGGCCUGCAGUGGGCCUCAUGGAUAACAAACCUCCACCACUGGACUCCUGGGUGUGAACAUGACAACACGGCCACUCAAUCUCAAGUUAAAUCCAGCAGAGACACUUUCCAUUGGUGAAAUACGGAUUUGUGCUAUUUGAUCAUUCUUGUACAGACAGAGAAACACAUUUAGUUCAAAAAUAAUUUCCUUUGUUUACAGGAAAUAAUGUGCCAAACAUUUACAUGUAUUUAUUAUGGAGGUAGACUGGAUGGAUUUUGUCAUUUAGGAUGAUAUACACUAUGUCUGAAACUCAUGAUGGAUUAUGUAUGACAUCUGAAAUAGCCUAAAUAUGCAAACAGUGGUGAAUCAAGACUCCAAAGAAUAUAUGACAUGUACAAUUCAAAUUUUACUGAUACACAAGUACGAGAUAAUUUGUAAUACUUCUAGUUUGUCAUGCUAUUAAGACUUAAACUGACACGUGAAUCUAUUGUUGUCCAUCCCCAUGGGUUCUGGGCUGAAGGAGAUUCUGAUAUAAAAUCAUUUUCAAAAUAUUUUUGGUCAGUGUUUGAGAUCAUUAGGAUUAGGGUUCUUGUCGGCCUAGUUGUCAAAAACAUGCAAAUUAUUUGGAAUUCAGUUCAUUCUCGACAAACCUAUCAUCAGACUAGACUGUGCAGCCAUUAGCCAAUUGUCUCUAUUCCAUUUGUUUCAUGAUAGGCAAAAUGGGAUUGUAAAUGUGUAACAAAGGACUGUUAAUAUUCUAAAUGAAGGCAUUUAUAUUGUAAUAUUUAUUGUAAUACCCAUGUUAUUAAUUAAAGGUUAUUGAUGUGUAUUAGCUAAUACCAGUAAGUGAUCCUACAUUCACUACAACUCUGCUUUGCAGUGGUCCUUUUUGCAUUGCGAUGUUGAAUGAAAAAUGCAAAUAAAUGAUGUGCAUAAUUUCUCA